AUGGGUGAAUUUUUCACCGAAAUCGAUGCUUUAUGCUCAAUGCUGGGCUGGCGAGAUGGUGACACCUAUACCAUAGACCCCUCGGCCGUGCAGGGCUUGAAGCAAAUAAUAUGGUUUCUUAAGCAAGACCAGCCCGCCCAUGGAUGCCGGCUGUACCUCGGUAAUAAACGAAUCGUUCAGACCGACCUAAUUCCAAUGGUAAUCAACUAUUUCGAUGUACCGGAAGUGGUUGAUGUGUUGUUGCGUUUGCUCGUCAACCUCACGUCCCCCACGCUGCUGCUGUAUAAUGGUAACUAUCCGCGUGAGCCGCUUGAGCAACGGAAGUUCAUGUUGCUGAACGAAAUAAGCGAAGCCUACAAGGAGGCGUUUUCCGUUCAAAGCUUUUGGUCCGUUUUGGUUUAUCAAUUGGAGAAGAAUCUGUACACGGACUGGACUUUGCGCAGCGAGCAGGACGGACUUACUAUUGAACGCAUUCUGGUGCUGACACGCAAUGUCCUGCAAGUGCCGACAAAUGUGGACCACGAAAAGCUGCUCGACAACGAUGCAAGCCUGCACGAUCGGAUGGUGUGGGUGCUACACAAAACCGGCAUCCUUGACCUUGUCCUGUACAUCUUGGGCUCGUCCGAAGAGAACCGAUUCGUGAUCCAUGCGCUGGAGAUUGUCUAUAUCGUGUUUCGCGAACAGUCAGCGCGCGAGCUGGCCAAUGCAACAUUAGCGCGAACUGCCAACGAAAAGAUGAACGACGAAGCGGAAUUGACAAAGCUGCUGAAAAAAGGACCAGGCUCUGGAAGCCGCCCGACCACAUCCAGCCGAAACACGUGGUUCCGUGGCACCUACACGUACAACAACGUUAAGUCUGUUUCAGACAACGACACCAUUUGCCACCAGGGCCUGAACAAUAUCGUGAAGGACAAGAUCGGUGCGGAAAAACGUCGUAUCAAACCGAACUUCCGUCUAGCCAAGGAGAUAGAAAAACUCAAGCGCAAGAGCGUCCUUCAGGUGCGGCUGUUCCUGCGAGAGUACAGUUUGGAGAUUUUGCGCAUAUACAACAAUCUAGUACGCCAGGUCCGGCGGUAUCUUGACCAAUACGGCAGCAAUGUUUCGGAAUUCCACGAUGAAUCGUACCUGCUGUGGGCAUUCCGAUUUUUCCUCGAGUUUAACCGAAACAAUGAUUUUAAACUUGACCUCGUAAGCGAAUCACUCUCCUUAGAUACAUUCCACUGGAUUAUCACGCGAAUGAACAUAUACAACGAGAACAUCAUGUUGGACAAAACGCGUAAAUCUGUCUGGUGCAGGCGUUUACACCUUACAGUACAGACAUUACAUGAGCUACUGAAAAAUCUACAAGCUUUGGAUGUUCACCGGGAUAGCAAGGCUGCGUUAUUAAAGAGUGUGCUACAGCAUAAUAUAUUCUAUGUGGUAGAAUAUCGAGAAGCAGCUACUCAUUUAUUAACCAGCUUUAAAGAAACGGUUCAUAAUCGAUCGUACCUUAAGGACGUCGUGCAGCUUGCGCAUAUAUUCUUUAGUAUGCUGCAAAAAUUCUGCAAAAGAACGAUUCGAGCGCAGGAUCGCGUUAAACCACAAGGCAAGAAGGCAAAGAAGAAGCAGUCCCAAAAACAAGAGAAAGCGGCGAAUAAGGCCAACGAACUGGAACAGUUGGAAGGCAAGUGGCUACAGGCCGCUGCUGUUGUUUCGUUCUUACUGGAAAAUAAUUUAGAACUCCGGACUGAAAAUUUGCCUACACCUUUUGAUAGUACAUCUUCCGUCCCGAUCGAAGAACAAAAGGGCUAUUCGGUAAAGGCAAUCUACGCGAUGCUGCACGGUGAAAAAUAUGAAGAGGCUAUCAAAAUGCUAUUUGCCGCUAGAUCAGUAUGGACUACAGAUAAAAGCUUUGGUUCAGAAAAUGAAACCUCCGACAAGCUUCUGAUGAUCUUUAAGGAUAUUUUCUUCGCUCAUCUGGCAACUGAUGACGAAAAGGAGGAUUCUGAAAGGGAGUCGGAAACAAACGUCUCGUCGGAGGAUGAAGCGACUGAAGAUUUACAUGCACGAGCCCAGCACGAAGAAAAGGACUUUAAAUUUGAAGAUUUUUCUAAAAAACUGGUGGAUAAAAGAGUGGUGCGUGCUUGCACAGUGGUAUUGGAAAAUUGGGCACAUCUUGAACCAUCACAUUUGAAAGCGGCUGUAACCCUUUUAUACCGCAUAGCGUUCGAGCAUAAAAUGCCAUCUAUGCUAUUCCAUAUGGCUUUGUUACGCGUGUUCCGUUCCGUGUUAUGUGGCCCAAGGAGUGACGACUCGAAAGAGCUGGCACGGUUAGCAGUCUACAUAAUUCGCCAGGUUCAGAUAAAGGCUGGAGUGAUCCCAGACGAAGAAGACGACAGGGUUCUGUUGGCCGAGAUGCUGGUUUACAAAACGAACCGCAUCGCAGCCGCCAUUGAUAUGGGUUAUGAUGAUUUGUUUGGCCUUUCCGCAAGGAAACCAGUCGCAUCUAGGAACGUGUGGACUGAAGAACAGGAAGAGGAAUUGCGAUGUUUGUUCAUCGAAAAUCAGAAUUGCCCCUCCAAUGAUGAAGAUGUGAUCAAUUGGCUGCUGUCGAAUAUUAUCGACCAAACGCGUUCCCGUCAAGCUGUCAUCAAGAAGCUGAAGGAGCUGGGACUAAUCUUCCGCGCACCGACGAAGCGAAGCAACGCCAACGUUGCGCAACAGGGGAACAAACGGAACACUGGCGAUGAUGAAUUGCUAGACGAAGAGUAUAACGAGCUUCAGUUGGAGGAAAACGCCUCGCAGGACAAAUUCUCCUUGGAAGCCAUCGCCAAGCGUAUGUUGCAGUUGCGGCUGAUCGCGAACGUGGCCGAGAUUUUGCCAACGAAGUCGCCCUAUGAUCCUUACGAAAGCGACACUGAAACCAGCUCGGACGACAGCAACGAUGAUGAUAAUCGCGCCCCCGCCGACGACAACAUUUUGCUGGAUGAUGACAAUUUUAAGGAGUAUCUCGUCAUGAGAGAAUUUUUAUCCAUGAGCGACGAACUGUUCUACUCGCUUCCUUGGAUCCUGGAAAACCUACUAAAAAUGCGGAAGAUGCACAACGAUCCGGAACCCCUUUCGGACUUGACAGGUGGUAUGGCGAUAGUCCCGAUUGAGUUUAACGAUAUAGAAUCGUUGAAGAACACACAAUUCCAGCGCAUACUAAACCUGUUCGGUAUGCUGCCACCGUCGCUGGAGCACGUCUAUUAUCGCGUUCCGUACAAACUCAACACGAGCGCACUGCAGAGCCGUAUCGAUGUUAUCAUAAAAUUUAUGAAAUCAAAAGAUGAGAGCAUCGAAGAGGAAGGACCUUUAGGAAUCUAUCACAAGAAGAAAACGAAGACGUAG